AUGGAUAAGUGGAAAAGCUUUCAACUUUCUAAGGAAGAAGAGGAAGACAUUACGAUAGAGGCGGAGGAAAUCUGUGAAGGAGACAUUUUUCAACGUACCCUAGUCGGUAAACUAUGGACAGACAACAACUUCAAUUCAAGAGCUUUCACCAACACAAUAAUAGGAGCGUGGAAACUCAUAAACCCAAUAGAGGUACAAAACCUAAACAAAAAUCUCUUUCUUUUUUGUUUUGAUACGAUAAGGGAUUUGGAAGGUGUCCUUAAGAACAGGCCAAGGAGUUUCGACAGAAAUAUCCUGAUUCUGAGUCAGAUUUCAGGAGAGGAACAACCCUCGGAUUUGAAUAUGCACUAUGGUUCAUUAUGGGUUCGCGUGUACAAACUUCCCAUAAUGUUAUGUUCAAAAGCUAUGACAAAGAAGCUUGGAGGUAUAUUAGGUGAAUUUGAGGAAAUGGAUCUAAAGGAAGCCCAUAUAAAUGGGAGAUUCCUACGAAUCAAAGCAAAAAUUAACCUAAAUAAGUCGUUGAAAAGAGGAACAGUAGUACGCUUUAAAGAGAAAAACCUCAUAGUCUAUUUCAAGUAUGAGCGUCUUCCUACAUUUUGCUUUGUUUGUGGAAGAGUGGGUCACCAGCUUAAGGAUUGCGAGCCAGUUGGGGAUUUCAGCGAAGAAGGAUUUAAAGAUUUGGAUGAACAAGACUUAUCUUUUGAAUGUGGUUGCGAGCUUCCCCUCUCCUAA